CCUACCUGCUCCAGCUCUGCUACCCUGCCCAUCACCUUCCGCUGUCUGGAGGAGAACAACCAUGUGGAUAAAAGGGUGACACGCUUCAUACUCCCUGUGGGCGCCACCAUCAACAUGGACGGCACCGCCCUCUACGAGGCUGUGGCAGCCAUCUUUAUCGCUCAAGUUAAUGACAUGGACCUUAACUUUGGCCAGAUUCUAACCAUCAGUAUCACGGCAACUGCUGCCAGCAUCGGAGCAGCAGGCAUCCCUCAGGCUGGCCUGGUUACCAUGGUGAUCGUAUUGACAUCGGUGGGACUGCCCACAGAGGACAUAACACUGAUCAUCGCUGUGGAUUGGUUCUUGGACCGCCUGCGUACCACCACCAACGUGCUGGGCGACUCGCUCGGGGCCGGCAUCGUGGAGCACCUCUCCCGCGGAGAGCUACAAAAUCAGGACGAUGAGGUGCGCAACUCUGUCAUCGAGGAGAAUGAGAAGCCCUACCAGCUUAUCUGCCAGGAAAACGAUACCAUCAAGCACCACAACAGUGAGACCACUAUGUGAAAAAAAUAAAACCACACUCAAAGGGGCUUCACGUACCAAAAGCAAAGAAAGUAGGCUUGCAGUGGUGCAGAAGAAAAAAAUCAUUCUGGGUCGACUCACCCAGUGCUCGAGGUUCCCGGAGUGUCCCAAACUCGUAACUUACCCUCAAAUACAAAAUGCUGUCUGGGAAACCAGGUGAUACACUGCCUGACCUGUGGCUGCUUGGUGACAGGAAAUAAACACGCACGCUGUUUAGGAAUGGUUUUAUAACCACCACUGUCAAACUGAUUCAGUGCCAGUGAUGUGACACUAAAUCAGAUUGAAAACUCAGUAUGACAUUUAGAAAAGCUCAAUGUGUCAAAUAAAGCUGAAAAUCAUUGAAAAAUAUCUUCAGGUUCAUCAAGUUUUCAAAUAUUUGUUUGAUUUAUGACGUCCAUCAAAUUCUUACCAGCAUCCUUGGGAGAAUACACAGUAUUAAUAAAGACAAACUCCAUUUAUUCAGUUUCCAGUUCACUCAACUAGCUCUUUUGAAUGGAUUAACAUUUCUUUGCAAAUAUGUUUCUUUUGUAACACAUCAUACAUCAUAACUACCUCUAACAGGACUUUCAGACAGUGCGCUACACUGAAAUCUUCAAUGGAGCAUAUCAACAGGAUAUAAAUACAUUAGUUGCUCAGCUUUUUUAGAAGCCAUGUUUAACUUUGAUAUAUUUUCUUCUUUUCUUUAAGUGUGCUUGCGCAAAACACUGGACCACAAUGGGAGUUAGAAUUUCUGCUACUUAUUAAUUUAAGGUUGAUAUAUUGCAUGUGACUUGUUGAAUGUUUUAAACUUGCUGCUUUCUUAUAAAUGGAUAGCAUAUAUAUUUGCAAGUAUUUUGGUGAUAUUGCUUUAAACUAUGGGCAUAAGACUGUACUCCUACACUGUUUGUAGUAACACCUGCAGUAAUACUUCUUCUGAAACAAUUUCUUCUCUCUAUUGUUUUUGCAUAAAUUCGGCAUUCAGAGAAGGAAAUAUUAAUCAAGAUACAUUUUUCUUUUUCCACAAUUAAGAGUUGUUGUUUUUCAAAUGUUGAUGUGCUUCAUACUUUGGAUUUUAGUUGACCAUUAUUUCUCUGUUUUCUACAUUACACCAAAAACCAAUUCAGUUUUGGUAUAUUUAGACUGGAAUAAUAUAUUGCAGACUAAUCACAGAUUUAUAUUUAUUGCUUUGUGAAAACGUACUGUGAAUAAAGUUGGUUAACGCUUUGAGGAAUUGAAUGUACAGUUGCUUUAUGCUUUUGGGUGUUUUAGAGGAAAGUGUAGUGCAUAAUUAUGAAAGUGAAACGGUAUAUACAGUAGAGUUCAGUUGAAAGUUCUUAUGACUUUGUGCCACUUUUGUGCUUAUUAAGAGGUUUCUCUUUAGUUUUGAUGCUUUGACAGCUUAUGAAAAAUGU